GCUAAUUUCGGGCGCUUGGCUAACCCUUCCUCGCCAGAGAAGCAUUACAGGAACGAACUGUUUGUUGACUCAUGUAUUUAGCAGUUUGUGUUACAUUGUCAGAAUUCUGUCCCAGGAAAACGCAGCGAGUGAAGGUGAAUUUACCAUAAUACAGAUACAAGAUGGAGGGUGACAACUGCAGUUUUCCUCCAGAUCUGUCUGAUGAUCAUUCGCAAAGAGGAAGUGUGGCUUCUUCCGCAACGCUUUCCCGUGCUCAGGACGUGCUCGUGUAUUUGUUUGGUGAGAGUGCGGUCCACUUAACCGUGGAAGGGCUCGGCAGCGUCUCUGUGCAGGAGUUGGGCCGUAGCGUUCGUGAAGCCCUGCAGAUCCCAGAAUCCGCACCGGAUGCUUUCGCCUUUUGGCUCUGCUCGCCAUUGCUUGAGCUGCAGCUGAAGGCGAGGCAUCAGCCGUACAAACUGUGCAGGCAGUGGCAGGAUCUGCUGUAUCGAUUCACUGAGGCGUCAGAAGACGACAUUUCACAAGAUGAACCAUAUCUACAGUACAGGCGCAACGUGUUUUAUCCAAAAUCUAAAGAGCUGCAGAUUAAAGAUGAGACGGUGUUGAGACUUCUCUACGAGGAGGCCAAGAGCAACAUCCUCUCUGGCCGAUACCCCUGCGACCCGGAGCACUGGGCGGGGCUUGGCGCCUUGUCCCUCGCUCUUGAAGAGGGGCCUGGUCUCGACAGCCAGCAGAUCACGACUAAAAUCAGGGAAAAGAAGCUGCCUUCCUUCGUUCCGGCUCACGUUGCCAUGGGCAGCGGAGGGUUCUUCUCCACUCUGCGGGGGAAAUCGAGCCGCCAGGCAGAGCUGGAGCAGAAGCUCUCCGAGGAGUACGGAAAGAUCAGCAAAUCCACUGGAAGCUCUCCGGAGCCUCAGCAGCUCCUGCACCAGUACCUCAGCAUGUGUCACACUCUGCCUUACUAUGGGUCCGCCUUUUUCUGCGGGGAGAUUGACAAACCAGUUCAAGGCAUCCUCCAGCGGGGAAAACGUAAAGCUGUCAGUGUUGGCAUCUGCCUGGACGGAGUUUAUGUAAUGGAUGUGAAGGAGAAGCACGUCCUGCUCGGGCUGCGUUUCAGCGAGCUUUCGUGGGACCACAGUCGCCCCGAAGAGGAGGGGGACUCGCACAUCCUGUGGCUGGAGUUUGACGGGGAGGAAGACGGCACUCCCGUCAACAAACUGCUGAAGAUUUACUCAAAACAAGCUGAAUUAAUGAGCGGCUUUAUCGAGUUCUGCGUGGAGCUGAUGUCGACGUCAGAGGGGGGCGCCGCCAACGAGCCGGGCGUUCCUCAGGAGCCCACCGGACAGGAAGCCAGCACCAGGAACGGCCGCGGAGGGCGCCGCGGGAUGCUGCAAAGGCAGGGCAGCGUCGUGUGCAGCCGGGUCCACUCCCUCAACACUAUCAGCUACGUGGAUAACGGCAAAGAAAUCAAACGCUUAAAGCCAAAAAGAGCCGCGUCCUUCUUCACUCGACAAGCCACGGUGCCCACCUACUCCGCUGUGAACACUGAGAGCCUGGAGCAGGGUUAAACCUCUCUGCCUCCGUCUCCUCAACGACCAAACCUGGACGUUUUUACACUGAGAUGUAAAAGUGAAAAAUUAGACUUCCUUUUUUUCCUUUUUUUUUUAUUCAGCUAGUCUCUGAGCAAACCAAGGACCAAGUUAGAGGUAUCUAUGUGUGGGUGUAUUUAUCGUUUUAAAGUGGUCUAUAGUAUGAGAGUACAUUAAUGUGAAAACUAAGAUCUUUCUAAAAUCCGAACCUGCAAAGAUUGAACUGAACUUUCCGGACGGCAGACGGCCUUACACUCCCAUCAAACACUCUUCGGCGGAGAUGAACCUCAGAGAAAUCCGCUCAGCGUAAACUAUUUCUUCAAACAUGCCACACCUCAAAGGAGCAUUAACCACCACAGUACCUCUUUCUUUCUUUAAGCUUCCUGUUAAGAUUAUUGCAGCUUCCCCUCAGUCAGCAUGACCAACACUUUUAGGGGGGAGUAGCUUAAGGGUGCGAAGGCAUUAUUCUGCUUUUUUUUUUCUUUCAAACUACUGGUGCCUUGUUCUCUCGAUUGACGGUGAAGCCAAGUUGGAGAAGCACUGGUAGAAACAUAAAGGGUUCACUGUUAUGGCAGCACAUUUGCUGUGCUGUGGAAGUUUCUUGUGAGUACAUUUUCUAUUUCUUUUCAUUUGAGGAUUUUUAUAUUCAUCCUUUUUUUUUUGUGAAAGCAACAACUAAAUAUAAGUGAGAGUUAAAGAUUAAAGUUAGGAACAGAGAUUUGAAUCAUAAAUUAAUAAUGAACUUAUAGAUACCAAUGUUAUUCCGUUAUGGUGCCUUACAAAAGCAUUUAUACCAAUUUGACACAAACUUCAUUGUACUUUUAACAUGUUGCCAACAGACCAGCACAAAGUACCGCAUAAUUGUCAAACAAAACCACCUUUUGGUUCAAUUGUGAAUCUUUUUCUGUGUGUUUGUAUAAACAGUAGAAGAAGAUUUUUUUAUUUUUUUUUUUGCUGAGACUUUCUUGCAAAAUGUUGUAAGCUCAGCCAGCCUGGACAAAAACUACAGGUUCCUGAUUCAGCAUGAUGCUGCCAUCGCCAUGCAACACCAAGUGAAUGUUGUGUGCAGUAUUAGAUUUAGAUUCACUUCACAAUUAUGCACUACUUUUCUGUCACAUAAAAUCUUAUUAAAAUACACCACUGUUUGUUAAAUGUAAAAAAAAAAAAAAACAGGUCGAUGCUUUUGCAAGGAACUUUCUAGUUGGAGGUAAAAUUUGAAGGUAAUCUUUUAAUUUUCCACCCUACGUACCGCUGACACUAAAUAAAUGCUCACAUUUAUUAAUUAUUUCAUGUUAUUUAUUCAAUGAGUUUAAAUUUACCCUGUUUAAGCGAACUAAUGGUAAAGUUUUGUUGAAGAAGAGAGAAAGCAAUAUCGAUGUGUAGUAGAACAUUUUCAACUUUCACAAAGACGGAUUUCCACUUGUCUUCUCGAGGCGUCGGGUUUCAAUGAGGUGGUAAAAUUCAAAAACAGCAUCUUAUGGCAAAUCUGACUGUACUGUAUACAUUUUAUUCUCCACGUUUCACCAAACCUACCUACCUACUCCUCAAUUUAUCUGAGUUUCAGACCGAUGCAGCCGCCUCAAGUCUGAAUUGUGCGUUUCAAAUUUUACACUGAAAGAAGCCUAAUAUAUCUAACACUGCCUUCCACCCGAACGUCUGCUGUCGCUUGAUAAGUGACAGCCUCACACGUUCUUUCUCCUCUCUUUAUGCAAGCUCAAGAAUGUUUUUUUGUUUUGUUUUUGAGCCUCAGAUUGUAUCUCCGCGACCGUCUGUAACCGCUAGCAGUCCUGUCACAUUGUUGGUAACACACUCUAUGCAUGACUCGUAGAAUUGUCAUUCCGACAGCCUCCGCCUAAUGUAAUGUUGCACUAAUACUAACAUAAUCUUUAUACAAAUGUUUCCAUCAACUGACUUUUGAACUUUUAUGAUUGAAUAUAUUUACUUCCAUCUUCUUAUGUUUGUGUUUGUAUACAGUAAUGAAGAAUUAGGUCUAAUCAAAUGCUGUCUCUUUAAGCAGUCGCUCUGAAGAAGCAGAAGUGCCUUUUUUAAAAAAACAUGUUGAUAUCAGAAUCCCUGUUUCCACACUUUGAAAUCGGGAACUAAAAUGAUUUGUAUGUAUUUUACCUUUCCUACUGAUGUCUUGUAUGCAGUCAGUUCUGCUGUCUUUUUAAUGUAAAAUAAAGCAAGAUGCAUUAAUUAAAAAAAACAAAAGUGUGCUUACUACACACCUAAAAACUGUACUGUAUACUGAAGCCAUAUUCAUUUUAACCAGCAUGAUGCACUGUUACAACUUUAAUCUUAAAACCAUCUGUAGUUUUAUUUUCCAUCUGAACUAAAACAGGCUCACCAUUUCUAUCAUUACACAUUUGCUGAUUGUUGAAAUGAAAUGUUCUGUUGUAAAAUACUUGUUUGGUAUGUAUGAAGUAAUAUAAAAGACUGUGGUUCCUUUCCAUGUA